AUGGCUUCUAGCGAAAGUUCGUGGCUCUUGCCUGGCGCAGGCGUCACCAAAGGCUACGACAGCGAAAGCCAUUCUUUUCGGAUAUGUGUCGUCUUCUUCUCCGGCCUGGCAGUAUACAAUGCAGUGGAACUGGUGGUCAUGAUCCUGCUAAGCUUCCGCCGAUAUCGAGGGCUCUACUUCUGGUCGUUGAUGCUGGCAAGUCUGGGUAUCACGCCUUACGCCAUGGGCUUUCUCAUCAAGUAUCUAGCUAUCUUCCCUCCUGUUGGUGCCAACAGCAAUGCUCGCUGGCUAGCUAUCGUGCUCCUUACUAUGGGCUGGUGGCCUAUGGUCACAGGUCAAUCAGUCGUGUUAUGGUCACGGCUGCACUUGGUAGCAGGCAGGGGCGCGCGCGGUCAGCGCAUCCUGCGUAUCACAAAAUGGAUGAUCAUCAUCAACGCUGUCGUUCUACAUAUACCGACGACUGUCCUCACUUUCGGCGCCAACGGGAUUGACUCCAGCACGAAAUUUGGGCUCGCUUAUAACAUCAUGGAGAAAAUCCAAAUGGCGGGCUUCUUCGUUCAAGAAACCAUCCUAUCGUCCAUCUACAUCUUCGAGACGAUUCGACUACUCCAGGUAUCACUCCAAGAAGGCACGCGCAAGACCAUGAAGCAGCUGAUUGCUAUCAAUGCAAUCAUCAUCAUCAUGGAUCUUGUCAUACUCGGACUGGAGGGCGCAUCACUGUACAUCCUCCAAACGCUACUCAAGGGCAUCAUAUACUCCGUCAAGCUCAAAUUGGAGUUCGCAGUUCUUGGAAAGCUGGUGAAACACGUA